GGUAUUGGUGCCAGAAGAAAAGAAUGAUUGAUGAGAGACAGACACCAGGUUAUAGACACUCAUCCUUUUGCUUCAGAUCCUAAUAUCUCAGCGCGUCUGAGCUUCCCUUCUGACCCGUGAACAUCAAGGAUCACUCAGGGUUAUCGGAUGUACAACGGAAGACCCAUCACUUUGCUAAAUUAUUAUCUGCUUCUGGACAUAUUUUACAAAAACCAAGCUAGACUCACGUCUAAUAGAUAUGUUCUAGGACAAAGACAAAGCUGCAAGUUGUUACCGCCUACACCACAAGUAUGUUAGGCGUCCACCAAAGUUCUCAAUAUUCCCGAACACGCACAAUAUCUUAACCCUUCGCAUUUGGUUUUGGAGUCUGAUUUGAAGUCGACCCUUCUUCUUCCUCUUCUUUUUUUCUUUGACUAUACAGACCUACCUACAAAUAGACAUAUAUGUAUAUGUAUAUAUAAAACGGACACAGAUCAUAGAUAAGCAAACUCUGCUUUAACUGCUACGAAGAUUGUAAAGAAUUUAGAGAUGUAUUUGUCAAGAUUUCUGUCAAUUCAUGCCCUUUGGGUUACAGUGUCCUCAGUGAUGCAGCCUUUCCCUUUGGUGUGGGGACAUUAUGAUGUAUGUAAGACUCAGAUUUACACAGAUGAAGGGAAAGUUUGGGAUUACAUGGCCUGUCAGCCGGAAUCCAUGGACAUGACCAAAUAUCUGAAAGUGAAACUGGAUCCUCCGGAUAUUACCUGUGGAGACCCUCCUGAGACAUUCUGUGCAAUGGGCAACCCCUACAUGUGCAAUAAUGAGUGUGAUGCAAGUACCCCUGAGCUGGCACAUCCCCCUGAGCUGAUGUUUGAUUUUGAAGGAAGACACCCCUCCACAUUUUGGCAGUCUGCUACUUGGAAGGAGUAUCCCAAGCCUCUCCAGGUUAACAUCACUCUGUCUUGGAGCAAAACCAUUGAGCUCACAGACAACAUAAUUAUUACUUUUGAAUCUGGACGUCCAGACCAAAUGAUCCUGGAGAAAUCUCUGGAUUACGGACGAACAUGGCAGCCCUAUCAGUAUUAUGCCACAGACUGCUUAGAUGCUUUUCACAUGGAUCCUAAAUCUGUGAAGGAUUUAUCACAGCACACGGUCUUAGAAAUUAUUUGCACAGAAGAGUACUCCACGGGGUAUAUGACAAAUAGUAAAAUAAUCAACUUUGAAAUCAAAGACAGGUUUGCAUUUUUUGCUGGACCUCGGCUACGCAAUAUGGCUUCCCUUUAUGGACAGCUGGAUACAACCAAGAAACUCAGAGAUUUCUUUACAGUCACAGACCUGAGGAUAAGGCUUUUGAGACCAGCCAUCGGGGAAAUAUUUGUAGAUGAACAACAUUUGGCACGCUACUUUUACGCCAUCUCAGACAUAAAGGUACAAGGAAGGUGCAAGUGUAAUCUCCAUGCCACUGUGUGUGUAUAUGACAACAGCAAAUUGACAUGUGAAUGUGAGCACAACACUACAGGUCCAGACUGUGGAAAGUGCAAGAAGAAUUAUCAGGGCCGGCCUUGGAGUCCAGGCUCAUAUCUCCCCAUCCCCAAAGGCACUGCAAAUACCUGUAUCCCCAGUAUUUCCAGUAUUGGUAACUGUGAAUGCUUCGGCCACUCCAAUCGAUGCAGUUAUAUCGAUCUGCUAAAUACAGUCAUUUGCGUGAGCUGUAAACACAACACUAGAGGGCAGCACUGUGAGUUAUGCAGGCUGGGCUACUUCAGAAAUGCUUCUGCACAGCUGGACGAUGAGAAUGUAUGCAUAGAGUGUUAUUGUAACCCUUUGGGCUCAAUCCAUGACCGUUGUAAUGGCUCAGGAUUUUGUGAGUGUAAGACUGGAACAACAGGGCCUAAGUGUGAUGAGUGUCUGCCAGGAAAUUCCUGGCACUACGGCUGUCAACCAAAUGUCUGCGACAAUGAGCUCCUGCACUGCCAGAACGGAGGGACGUGCCACAACAACGUACGCUGCCAGUGCCCGGAAGCGUACACCGGCAUCCUCUGUGAGAAGCUACGGUGCGAGGAGGCGGGCAGCUGUGGCGCGGGCUCCGGCCAGAGCGCGCCCCGGCAGACCUCCCUAGCGCUGCUGCUGGCCGCUCUGCUGGGAACCAGUCCCCUGGCCUUCUAGGCGUCGCAUCCCGCCAGCGGACGGGCCUGUGCUAUGAGGAAGCAAACACAACCCAAGCUUUUGCUACUAACAUAGGAAACACACACCCAGACACCCCCACUCCAACACAGUGUACGAACUAUGAAGGCCUAACUGAACUAAGCCAUAUCUGUCAAACGUGGACAGCACAUCCGAGUCAAGACUGUUACUUUCUGACUCCAGAGGAGUUGGCAGCUGUUGAUAUUAUCACUACAAAUCACAUUGCCAGCUGCAGAGCUUAUUGUGGAUUGGAAAGGCUGUGACAGCCCCCACCCCAAACAGGAAAGACAAAAAACAAACAAAUCAACCAAUUGAGAAACAUUUGCUACUCUAAUGUGGUGCACCCUCUACCACUCUGCCCAGUGUGUGGACCAACCAAAUAGAAGCAUUCUUUGCUGUCAGUGCAUUGUGGGUAUAAGGAAAUCUGUUACAAGCUGCCAUAUUGGCCUGCUUCAGUCCCUGAAUCCCUUCCAACCUGUGCUUUAGUGAACGUUGCUCUAUAACCCUUGUUGGUUCAAAGAGUUCUUUGUCUGAUGUUAGUGAUGCACAUGUGUAACAGCCCCCUCCAAAAAGCUCAAGCCAGUCAUACCCCUGUAUAUCUUAGCAGCACUGCGACACCCCAGUGCGAGCACACACCUACUGUACGAGAGUGGCUAUAGAGAAAAAGAAAGUGUAUCUAUCCUUUUGUAUUCAAAUGAAGUUAUUUUUCUUGAAAUACUGUAAUACGUAGAUUUUUUGUAUUAUUGCCAAUUUGUGUUACCAGACAAUCUGUUAAUGUAUCUAAUUCCAGUCAGCAAAGACUGACAUUUUAUUUUGUCCUCUUUGGUUCUGUUUCCGUUUCAUUGUGCAGAGAUUUCUCUGUAUGGACAACGUGCUGGCAUCAAAGAAUAUCAGUUUACAUAUAUAACAAGUGUAAUAAGAUUCCACCAAAGGACAUUCUAAAUGUUUUCUUGUUGCUUUAACACUGGAAGAUUUAAAGAAUAAAAAUUCCCGCAUUAA